UCUUCGACAAGCCAACUACAUGGCCUCUGAUUAAGUUCACCUGUUCUCAAGUGUGUGUUCUUUAAGUUCUGUAUUUACUCAGUCUGUUCUCUUUUCCGACUAUCAAUACUAAAAAGUUUAUUGGUGAUUAGCUAAAAGAAAUAGGUUAAUAAUGUAUGUGGUGCAUAACGUGAGUCUUUGGGGCCAAGGCUAAACUAUCAACGGCUAGCUUAGUCGCGGUGACCGCACGUAGCUGGAUUCAUACGAGAUAGUGGUGGAGUUACUCAAAGGCAACCACCUCCUCCUCUCCCUGCCAACACAAGCUUGUCCUACCAUCCAACUCCCGCUACUCCAUCUGCCCAAAGAGGGAAAGCCACUUUCCUCCACGAAGCUGAAGGAAUAAGGGAUUUCUUGACAGUGCAAAUGUGUUUAAAAAGAAGACGUUGACGGCGGAUAGGACAGUUGGGAUUCUAAUAUGAAUGAUUAUGAUAAGACUACUGCUUUUCUUGGUCAGUGGGGACGCUUCCAGCAGAUUGUCUUCUUCCUGCUCUGUGCCAGCAUCGUGCCCAAUGGAUUUGCUGCUUUCUCUGUUGUCUUCUUGACUGACAUUCCCAGUCACCACUGCCUGGUUCCUGAGGUUAACCUGACCCAAGAUUGGCGCAAUGCUAUCAUACCAAUAGAGGUGGUAAAUGGGAAACCGAGGUUGAAGAGAUGCCACAGAUACAGGCUGGAUGUGGUCAGAAAUCUCUCUGCUCAGGGAUUGUUUCCUGACAGGGAUGUCAACCUCACUGACCUGGAGCAGGAGAGCUGUGUAAAUGGGUGGAGCUACAGCAGAGACAUCUACCAAUCCACCAUAGUCUCUGAGUUUGACCUGGUGUGCAGUGAUCUGUGGAAGCAGCCGUUCACUUCCACGGUUUACUUCUUGGGAGUUCUUAUUGGAUCCUUCAUCUCAGGACAGCUCUCAGACAGGUUUGGAAGAAAGCCUGUUUUCUUUGCCACUAUGGCAAUUCAGACAGUUUUUUCAUUUGUUCCAAUCUUUUCACCUUCUUGGACGGUGUUCUCCAUCCUUCUCUUCACCAGUGGUUUGGGACAGGUCUCCAACUAUGUCGCUGCUUUUGUGCUGGGCACUGAAAUCUUCACUGGCAAUGUGCGGGUCAUGUUCUCGUCUUUGGGUGUAUGUCUUGGCUUUGCCAUUGGCUACAUGACACUGCCUCUCUUGGCUUACUUUUUAAGGGACUGGAAAUCUCUCCUGUUGGCUAUCUCUCUGCCUGGUCUGCUGUACCUCCCUCUCUGGUGGUUUAUCCCAGAGUCCCCUCUGUGGUUGCUCUCUCAGGGAAGAGUGGAAGAGGCAGAGACCAUAGUGAGAGAGGCUGCUAAGAUAAACAAGGUUGAGGCUCCACAGGUCAUCUUUGACCAAGAUUACAGUGUACAUGCUGAUGAGACAAAGGCACACCCUAGACAACACCACAAUGUCUUCAACCUGCUGAGGACAAAAGACAUCAGAAACACGACUGUCAUUCUGUGCCUGGUGUGGUUCACUCUGAGUACUGGAUACUUUUUCCUGUCCUUAAACACAUCCCGACUUCAUUCUGACCCCUAUCUCAGCUGCUUCAUCUCAGCAGCUGUAGAGGUACCAGCAUACAUUUCCAGUUGGCUGGCUCUGAGAUACCUUCCUCGACGGCUGUCUACCAUCUUUGUCUUGCUCCUUGGAGGAGUGUCACUGUACUUCAUUCAACUGGUGCCUGAAAGUGUACCAAAUCUGUCUGUUGCACUGGAGAUGUUGGGUAAAUUUGGUAUCUCCACCGGUACAGCCCUGAUGUUUGCCUACACAGCAGAGCUUUAUCCAACAGUGCUCAGGAACACCGCGUCAGGGACAUGCACUACUGUUUCCAGACUGGGAAGCUGCAUUGCACCUUCUUUGAUACUUCUGAGUGAAUACUUUAAGUACCUGCCUUAUAUUACAGUGGGGACUCUGGCUGUUGUGUCUGCAUUUGCUGCUUUCUUCCUGCCAGAGAGUUUUGGACGACCUCUUCCUCAAACUAUUCAACAAAUGCACAGCAUGAAGUUUCCAUUCAUCACAAGAAAAGAUCGUUGUAAACCUGUGGUGCUUUUCGAAAGUCAACUCUGAUUGUCUAGAACAUUACUUACACAAGUUAUUAAUAAAUUUACUAUUUACUAUUAUUUCUAAUGUUUACUGUUCUAGAUAUUCAACAUUUUUAUCAACAUGUCAAUCAGUACAAAUGGAUUCAAUAUUUUACAUUACCUUUUCUUAAGAACUGACAU